AUGUCAUCCGAGCUGGAAGUAGCGACACAUGAAUUCGAACGUGAAAAGGCCAAGCUGUUACGGGAUAUUAGUUCUCUUCAAAAGGAAAACUACCAGCUGAAGAUCGAGGUUCAAAUUGAAAAAUCCAAAACCAUGAAAGUUCAAAAAGAAGCUGAGAUCGUGAGAAACGACAUAAGAGACCUUCAUUUGGAAAAUAAGAAAUUAAGAAACACUAUAAAAAAUAGUGGUUUGGGCAAUUCAUCAGUAGAAUGGAAGGAAGAAACUAGUAACAUCAAAGGUGGGAUGGAAUUCUGGAAAGGGAAAGCAAAGAAAGAAAAGGAAAAAGCUGCGCGUGCUAUGAUAAAGUUAAGGAAGAAGACUGCUGAGUAUGAAACUGUGUCUGCAGAAUUUGUGACUAGUCAGUCUAAACAUCAAGAGCUAAGAGGGAAAGUACGAGAUUUAGAAAAUACACUGCAAGCUCAACAGCAACAGUUGGAUAAUCUCCUAAAAGCCCUAGAAGAAAAGAAUAGUCAGUACGACAGGGACACUCACGCCUAUGAAAGAGCUCUCCAAGAAAAAGAAAUGCAACUCGGCUUUUUGAUUAAUGAAAUUCGCAAGGCGGCUAUGCAUGUUGUGCAAUUAUCAGAUGAAGCCGAAGUUCUCAGUUGUCAAUUCCCUCCGAGUCAAAGAUCAAGCAUAUCAGAAUUCUUAGAAUGA